UUCGCCUGGUAUCGGAUGAGCCUCGUCACAUCCGUUGGCCGGGGCCGCUGGGGCGCGUUCCGAGGAAAUUCGGGACUCGAGUUUCCCCGGGAAGAGGCGCGGCCCGAGACGAGCGAGAGUGGACAGGGCGGGUCCGAGUGGACCCCGGCGGCCCCCGCGCCUGUCUUUGACCUUGGCGGCGGGGGAGGGGCCCAGCCCUUGCGGGGCAGCCGCCGCCCGCCAGAGGGGGCAGCGGCGACCAACUUGCUCAACUUGGCGGCGCGGGCUGGGGCGGCUCCGGCGCCUCCGCCUCCUCCUCCUCCUCCUCCUCCUCCUCUUCCCCCGAGCCUCCUCCUCCCCCGGUCCUCCUCGCAUCCGCCGCCGCCGCCGCCGGCCCCGCUGCGCGCCCAGCCCUGCCCCACAGCCCCGCGCGCCGCCGAGUCGCUGAGCCGCCGCCGCCGGACGGGACAGGACGGGCCGGGCCGGGCGCGCUCUCCGGGCCCCGCCGCGGGCAUGGGCGCGCUGGCCCGGGCGCUGCUGCUGCCGCUGCUGGCCCAGUGGCUCCUGCGCGCGGCCCCGGCGCUGGCCCCCGCGCCCUUCACGCUGCCCCUCCGGGUGGCCGUGGCCACUAGCCGUGGAGCUGCGUCCACCCCCAGGCCCGGGACCCCCUCCGAGCCCCGCGCCGUGCCCCGCGCCGACGGCCUGGCGCUUGCCCUGGAGCCCGCCGGGGGCGCGGCCAACUUCUUGGCCAUGGUGGACAACCUGCAAGGGGACUCUGGCCGCGGCUACUACCUGGAGAUGCUGAUCGGGACCCCCCCGCAGAAGCUGCAGAUUCUGGUUGACACUGGGAGCAGCAACUUCGCCGUGGCAGGUGCCCCGCAUGCGUACAUAGACUCCUACUUUGAUGCCGAGAGGUCCAGCACGUACCGCUCCAAGGGCUUUGAUGUCACCGUGAAAUACACACAGGGGAGCUGGACUGGCUUCGUUGGGGAGGACCUUGUCACCAUCCCAAAAGGCUUCAAUAGUUCUUUUCUUGUCAACAUUGCCACUAUUUUUGAGUCUGAGAAUUUCUUUUUGCCUGGCAUUAAAUGGAACGGGAUCCUUGGACUUGCCUAUGCAACCCUGGCGAAGCCAUCAAGUUCCCUGGAGACAUUUUUUGAUUCCCUGGUGACACAAGCAAAAAUCCCCAACGUUUUCUCCAUGCAGAUGUGUGGGGCAGGAUUGCCAGUAGCUGGACCUGGUACCAACGGAGGUAGUCUUGUCCUGGGUGGAAUUGAACCGAGUCUGUACAGAGGAGACAUCUGGUAUACCCCUAUUAAGGAGGAGUGGUAUUAUCAGAUAGAAAUUCUGAAAUUGGAAAUCGGAGGCCAGAGCCUUAAUCUGGACUGCAGAGAGUAUAAUGCGGACAAGGCCAUCGUGGACAGUGGCACCACACUGCUGCGCCUGCCCCAGAAGGUGUUUAACGCAGUGGUCGAAGCUGUGGCCCGCACAUCUCUGAUUCCAGAAUUCUCUGAUGGUUUCUGGACUGGGUCCCAGCUGGCAUGUUGGACGAAUUCGGAGACACCUUGGUCUUACUUCCCUAAAAUCUCCAUCUACCUGAGAGCCGAGAACUCCAGCAGGUCGUUCCGGAUAACUAUCCUGCCUCAGCUUUACAUUCAGCCCAUGAUGGGGCCUGGCCUGAAUUAUGAAUGUUACCGAUUCGGCAUUUCCCCUUCCACGAAUGCGCUGGUGAUUGGUGCUACCGUGAUGGAGGGUUUCUACGUGGUCUUUGACAGAGCUCGGAAGAGGGUAGGCUUUGCAGCAAGCCCCUGUGCAGAAAUUGCAGGUGCUCCGGUGUCUGAAAUUUCUGGGCCUUUCUCCACAGACGAUGUAGCCAGCAACUGUGUCCCUGCCCUGCCUUUGAAUGAGCCCAUUUUGUGGAUUGUCUCCUAUACUCUUAUGAGCGUGUGCGGAAUCAUCCUUCUUAUCUUAAUCAUCCUGCUGCUAGUUCCGUUCCGGUGUCGGCAUGGCCCCCGCGAUCCUGAGGUUGUCAAUGAUGAGUCCUCUCUCGUCCGGCAUCGCUGGAAAUGAAGAGCAAAGCCUGAACUCGGGCAACCUUGAACUCAACUAUUAAGAGAAAUAAAUUUCAAGUGCAGUAAGCAGGGGUUCUAAGGCAAGGUUUCUUCCUAUGUCCAUUAGUCUUAAAUCUCUGUUCUGCUCCCAGAUGCCUUCGAGACUCACUGUAUUUUGAUUCUUGAUUUUAAAGCUUCCUCCUUCUCUCCUACUUCCAAGAAAAAUGAUAAUAAAAAACACCUCCUUCUAAACCAAAACAGAGUGAAUUGGGCUGCAGCCUUUAUGUGACUGAUUAUACCAAACUGUCUAGGUAGACCACCAAAAAAAAAAAAAGCAAGCCUUGGCUAGUUCUCUCCCUCCCAUCUCUGGAGAAGUGAGUGCAUAUAGUUUAUAACUCCUCUUAGCUAAUGGGAAGCUUUUUCUAUUUCACUUAAGAGUAUUUUGCACUAAGCCUCAACCCAGGUCAGAGUGAUACAAGAAGGCUUGCAAUAUGAUGGCAGGAGAAGCAGCCUGGGGCCUGAUGAUAUAACCAUCCUGCCCCCUUCUGAGUCGGAAACAGAGCAGCAGGCCCCUUUUCUGGGUCUCUGUGCUCUGAUUGGGAGCUGAAUCCUCAAGGAGAAGAUCGUCACCCAGCAGCCUUCACCAGCCUCUUCUGAAGAUGGAAGACCUUCCGUCCAUCGUGAUAGAGUAGGAAGGAAACCUACUCUUUUGUACUCACUGCUUUGCAUAGUAUUGUUGGUGUAAAAGUGAAAAACUACCUCUGUUGAGACUUUGCCUAGGGUCCUGUGCCUGGGUGGGAGUGCAGGCAGCCUGGUCCCAGCUGCUGACCUCACCUAAAAGAACCCUCAUUCCAACAGGUGAGAUGUAACAGGUGCUGAGCUCACAUCAACCUGGAGAAGGUCUGUCACCAAGCUGGUCACUAUCGCCAUGCUUACUCUUACUUAAAAUGAACAAACAGUGUUUUAAUGAGAAACACAAAUUCUUUUUCCCUAGCUUAGUUGUUUCUCUUCCAACUCUCUGAAGGUAAGUUGAUUAUUACCCUUUGGGGAAAUAGGGAAAUGGCUAAAUGCCCGUACUUCUGAGCACGUCGCGGGGAAGGAAGAUCCAAGACCUGCAAAGGACGUGAAGGGAACACCCAAUUCCUCCUGUGCUUUGAAACUAUGUGUUUCUGUUUGCAGAAUCCCCUAGACUCAAGCACAUUCAUCUGAGUCAGCUUAAACAAAUCCGUUGAGCGGUUGACUCACAUCCUUCUUCCCUUUGGUGUGUUCAAUCUUGGGUGACGAGUUGGAUGUGCAGUGGUAUCCUUAUUUGAGGAAAUUUCCACUCGCUGUCAUUUAUUUAGGCCUUUGCCAAAGAAAAGUGGAAGCCUUUAACUCAAUGUAGUCAGCUUUAUAUGAUCUGAUGUAAUUAGGAGAAGAGUUCAAAGGUAAUAUUCCUUCUCUCUCGUUCGUGUGCCAUGUUCAAUGUUCACUCUGCAUUGCUAUUGGAAUGAGUUGGGCACAUAAUAAAAUUGCACUGGAAGGGCUGACUAUGGAGCAUCUCCUCCAGCUGGAGCGUUGUGUUCAAAAUAGGCUACAUGUGCAUGUUUCAGCCCUCUCUCCUCACUGGCUCCCCAGGUCACCUCCAUAUUUAGAAAUAUUUGACAGUGCCAAAGAGACGUGGGGCCACUUAUACAUGUCACAGUGUCCUCGCAGACUCCACAGCCAGAAGAAUCUGUGAGAUUCUUGUGGAGAAGGUUUAAGUUGCAUCUUAGAAAGAGCGUGAGUCUUCUGUGUUCUUCAAGAUAUAGUUCAAGCAUGGCGGGCACAAUGCCAUCUUGGAAUGGGAUGGUAGAAGGGGAUUCUGUUGUCAGAUGCUCAUCAUCAUUUCUGGUCUCAAAAUACAUUUCAGAGUUAGAAGUCUCUGGAAGUCCAAUUCUCUGCUUGCCCAGUUGGCUUUUUCAUUGGUUCCUGUUUUGUGGGCCACUUUGCAUAGAAGUGAAGGCAAUGCCCCUGGACUGUGUCUUCCCCUUGCUAUGAAAAAUCUGAAGCCCUGAAAUGAAAGGAUAGAAUGGCUGGGAUGACCCGCUUAGUUUUGCUCCGUGUUUCUUCACACAGGCGUCUUCUGUUCCAUUUUCUCGUGUUAGGUUUCUGAGCUGGGGAACAUUUCUAUUGAAGUAGAUUAGCAGGCACUGUUCCCAGAAUACGUGAUAAUACCAAGUCAGAUUUCAAGCUAGGGUAUUUGAAUGAAGUUUGCUAUAAUGCUCUGUAUUUCAUAUCAAAUUUCGCUACCUUUUCAUCUCAGAUGUCAUUGGAUGUGACAUUUUAAUGGAAAUACUUAAAUUACAAAAGCAUAACUUAGCAACACGGAUGAAAUAGACAAUUGAAUGUGAGACAUUUUCCUGGCGUGCCUUGCUGCAGAAAAUUGGACUUUGAGUCAAAACCCUGUUAGUGACACCCACCUCCUCGAGUUAUGUAAAUUGAUACUUAGCUUGGAAAAGCUUCAAGAAGGCUGGCUUUGAACAGGAAAGGAAGUAGCAACCAUUUGAGGGUAUCAUUUUUACCUUGUAACACACUGUGGAAAAUGCUGGAAGAUGGUCCUUUCCUGAAAGGUUCAACCUAGCAUUAGGUUGUUGUCAAAACCUUGUCAACUCUCUGAUGGGAAAUAGAUGCUUCUACAUGAACAAUACUUUUUUUAAAUAGGGUGAGGCUUUAUAGUCUUGAUAAGCUGUUCAGAAGCCUGAAAUGAAAUCCUGUCUUCAGCAACUGAAACUGUUUAUGGAAAAUAGCAAGGAAAUGAGAUGAGGAUUGAUUCUAUUUUUUUUCCUCCGGAAUUUAAAAGAACCACACGUGACUGGUGUCAGAUCACCUGGCAUUUACCGUACACUAUUUUGUAUUUCUUAGAAUCAAAAACAAGUACUUGGCAUUAAAGAAACAGAUUUCCUUGCGUGUGACAGCGGGGAAUGUUUCCCUAAACACAGUCCACUCCCAAGUGUUUGGAAGGAUGUUUUACCUGAUUCAUUGUGAAAUGCAGAGGUUUUGGUGGGAGAUAAAUGUGGGGUCCAUUCUGGUUUGAAAUGACGGAAGUCAUUCCCAGCAAUGCAGCAUUCACAGCUCUGCAGAGCGUCAGGUAAUAGAAUUUGCAGAGCAGCUGUGAUUUGGAGAUUCCAUGAACUCAUUUAAGAGGUGACGAAGGAUUAUUUCACUAUUUAAUAGGUUCUCUAUGUGAAUGAAAAUUUGUUCAAUUCCUCUUACCGCAUCCCCACGUGGUGGAUUUGCCCAGCAUGGUUCAGUUCUAAGCCCUGGCCUGGUGCCACUUGAUGUCUUUUGGAAGAGUCACUGCCAAACAUCCUGUUCCAUAAACAACAAUAAUUGAGUUUCACGGACUUUUUCCUUUUUAGUGGAGACCAAAUAAUUGGGUGGAAUCCCAGUGCGUUUUCUCUUGCACAGACUUAUUAGAAUUGAUUACAGAACUGUUCAGAGGAAAAGCUUGCUACUAAGAAUUUUUCUUUUUGGGGGAAAACAACUAAACACCCUAAAAUGUAAAAUUACAGGUUUCUCCAAGAGAGGGACGAGAUUUUUUAGUGCCAAGAAAACUCCACACCACAGAAGUUAUUGUGUACAUUUCUAGUGGGUUUUAAGGAUUUCGGAUUUGAACCUCUGGCAGUUUACCAAUUAAAUAGCAAGCUGGAAAAAUACAUUUGAAACUGGGGAAGGGAAAUAAAAAUAUAAGCAAAAGUAUGCUGACAAAAUAAGCAGAAUGUGCUCCUUUGGAAAAGUAGCUUUAACUGCAGGAAUCCUGAGAUUUCUUUUAACCUUAAAGUUGCUAAAUCAAUUGGAGAUGUGGUUUAUCUUACACAGCCACAAACCCCAAACUUCAAGAAUGUUAGAGCUGGAGUUGUGUGUCAGAUGUCAGCACGGACAAAGUGAAAAACUGUGGCCCCUUCCACUUUGUGUUGACCAAGCCAAGUGAAGAUUGGUUCAUUCAAGGAAUAGAGAGUAGAGGAUGUUUGGGACCUGGAAAAUUCUAGCAUCUGGGAAAGAAGGUCGGGUAAGAAGUCAUAACCCUUGACCAGCAGAUGAAAGCAAAGAUCUAGAGGAGCUGAGAACACCCCAGGGUGUCACAGGCAGCUCAUUUCACCCACGUUUUUGGCACAGCUUUCUUUUUAGGAAUUAUCCAAAGGGACCCCUCAGGAUUUAUAAUUUGUGAAAGAGAAACUUUUUUGCAGCCAUUUUUAGAUCACCUGUGUUCUACUAAAAGUUAUGGUACCCAAACUCCCAAGACGGACACGGUCCUCAGGCUGCAGGUUCAAGGUUGUGCGCUAGGAAGUUCAUAGGGCAGGGUCAAGAGGCUGGGGCCAAAGGGGAGCUGGCAAAGCUUGGGAUCUGAGCAUCUGGGAAGGGCUCCUGGCAGCCGCUGCCCUGACUGUCUCAUUGAAAGCCAGAGCAAGUCCGACGCAGCCAUUUCUAUGCAACCCUGCCAGGCCGGCCGUGAUUCAGAGUCCUACAGGUUCCCAACCACACUCCUCUGAGAAUACCUUCUGUCAGAGAUACUUCCAGAAAGAACAGCUGGAGAGGAAGCAGGAGGCUCCUUCAUGUCACUGCUGUCAGCCUCUGAGCCCCUGUGCAUCAGUGUGGCUCACGGGCAACCAGCAUCCCUUGCAGGCCCGUGACAUCCCGGAGCUCACCCUGGUCCAGUUCAGUCAGAGCACUUCAUUAGUCUCCCCAGGAGACUCCAGUGAAGGCCACCCAUGGCUCUCAGCCUUGGGCAAGCGCCCUGGGUUGCUGAGAAUGUCCUCCGGGGGGCGGGUGAGGACAGCCUGACACAGCCUGUCAUUAGUCAUAUUUGUGGAAUGGGGAAGUGAGAGCAGAGCCAGGCCUCAUAGUGACGUCAGUGUGUCUGCAAAACCUCUGGGCACAUUAGUUACUUGAGGACACACAGCUUCAACCAAUCCAUACAGUGUUUUCUCCCCUACCCCUGAACCUUCGCUGAGGUUUUUAUAAUCAGAUACUGCACAUAGAUGUCUGGUGUUUCUAAACUGCACUGUACUGUGUAAUUUUAUAGCACACUUGCUCUUAAAGAGCGAGCGCCCGGUAGCUCAAGGCUGAGUCAAGAGGCACAUCAAGGUUCCUGAUAAAUUCGGAUCCAGCCCACAGUGACAGUGACUCCAGGGCACUUGAUGUUUGAUGGUCAAGGGCCUCCACGUGUCCCAUACAGCCUUUGGGUACCAGUUAGCAUCUCAGGUUACAGGAGAGGGUGUGAUGGUGGACGAUCUGUCUCACCUCUAGAUAUCCACGGGCCGGGGUUUGCCCCCGCCUACCCGGCAGUCAUGAGAAGUAGGCAGUUCCCUUUACAGAUGGAGAAUGACCUCUACCGGACCCAAUGGGAAAAGUCUAAAUUGUACGUAGCACACAGGUAUACCCCACACAUAUCCAUCGGAGUAGAAUAUUUUACCAAUAUAGAUUUAUAAUUAUAUACAGAUUAUAGGUUUAUAAAAUAGAUUUCAAAUAAGUUGAGCACAGCUGCCAUCUUAAUGAUGUUACUAAAAGGAGACUUGAAACCUUGAGCCUCUUUGAAACCUCGCGUCCUGUAGCAAUGAUGUUUUUCUACAGAAUUUCCUUAAUUUAGGUUGGAACAUAUGUGUUUGUACUCACGAUGCACGCAUGGAUCAGAAUAUUGUGAGAAGGCAGGUGUGACCAAAAGGCAGGGCUUAUUUUUUCCUCUAAGUGCUACAUGUAGAGGUUGUUGAAAAAGACCUGAUAUAACUAAGAUUUCAGCUUGUCUCGUUACCUAUUGAGGUAAAAUUUCCCAUUUUUGCAGUUAACACUCCUGAAUGAAAAUUAAGAAAACGUUCAAAGAUUAUCUUUUUGAGAUAAAGAAAAUGUGAACAAAGCUAAUUAAGGACCUACUGAUCUAUAACAAAAAUCACCCAAAAUAAACUCCCUUGACUCCAGCUUUUUAUCCAGUUUUAUGUUCUCUGUUGCUGGUGGUAACAACCUGGAAUUGCUUUCUCUCAUUUUCCGAAUUGUGGAUGUACUAUUUUACAUUCUUAGCUGUGAGUUUUGGAAUUGUACUUAGUGUUGGCAUUACUUAGUACGAGGAGAGGAAAGAGAAUGAAUGAGAUUUGUCAUGUGCUAAUAAAAGCUGAAUGUUUGUCAUCUAAAAUGAUGCAUUUCCUACCAUUUCUGUUAAUUCGCACAGUUAAAUAUACUUAAAGUUUAAAAUCUCUAUGUUCAGUCACUUAAAGGAGGCACUCAUUUUUUCUUAAAAAGGGUGACUUUUCUGCUGCACUAGUGGCGUUUCUUUUUGGGCCAAAGAGCUACAAGCCUUGUCUGCUAAAAUGGAUGCUAAAAGUAGUGCUUUACGAAAUGUAUUUAUGUGUACAUCUCAGAUUAAUGUCCUUUAAUACACAAUUCUUCAGUGUAACUUGUAUUUCUGAAAAUGCUUAAGGUUAUUUUAUAUUUCCCUUUUGGAAUUUCCCUCUAUUUUUAGUAUAUCGACUUAAAUUAAAGGUGUGAUAGGACCAGGAGUUGGAGCAAAGAAGUAUUCGUUCCAUCUUAGAAGUGGCCCUGCGGCUACUGACCAAUGUCCGAAUCGUUGUGCACUUCAAAACUGGAGUUUUCUAAAAUAAUCCUAUUUUUAUACUUGUAUGUACCAACAAUUUAAGAUGUAUACCAUUGAAAAGGAAAUAAAAGAGUUUGGUUUGUUUGAAUAAAUAAUACUUCCAACUUGC